AUGCCUAGAAGUCCGACUAAUACAUUAUUAUUAACAAACCUUAGUGAUGAAUUCCUAAUAGAUCCUCAUCCAUUAAUUGAUUUUAUAUCAGAUUUACAAUAUUUGGUGGAACUUAUAGUUUUAUCAAAAUUAUCAAGAAUAGUAAUAAUAUGUGAAACAUCAACAGUAGCAAAGAUAUUAAAAGAAAAAAUAACUUCAUGGAAUAAUUCAAUAAAAGUAUCAUUUACAAUAAGAGAUAAUAAAUUUGAUUUAAAAAAACAAGAGCUUGAUAAAGCAACUGCUAAUUUCAAUAAUGAAAUAAAUUAUUUAGAAUUACCUCAUGAUUUAGAUCUGAAAAGAUUUUUAAUAAGUCCUCCAAUGAGUCCACAAUCAGAAUGGAAUGAUUAUAAUAAAACAGAAGAAGGACCUAAUGAAAUUGCAAUAUAUUCACCAGAAGAAUUAUCUAAUUUAUUAUGGGAAAGAUUGGGAGGAUUUGAAAGUGAAUUAGUUCGAAAAUUUCAAAAUGAUGAAGAACCUAAAAUUAAUCAAGAUGUUAAAUUUAUAAAUUAUAAAAUUGAACCUGAAUUAUUAUUUCAAGAUGUUGAUAAUGGGGUACCUGCUAUAAUUUUAGAUAAAAUUGAUGAUUUACAAGACAUUGAUGAAAAAUUACCAAAAACUUCAAUGCCUCCUCCAAUAUAG